GAUUGUUUACAAAAGGUAUACACAAGUCACGUGAUCAAUGAGGCCAUCGAAAUAUAUCAAAUUUAUCAAAAGCACAGAAUAAGUUUUGAAGAUAGCAUGAAAUAAAUACUUCACGUGGACUAAAUAUGCUAGAGUGAAGUAAUUAAAUUUUUAGAAGAUGGAGCUCAUAUUAAACCUGCUAAUUUUAACGUUUGUGGGAAUGGUGCUUUUUAUUAAUGCGAUUGUUGUGAUUUACAUUUGGUUUCGCAAAUCUAAUACGGCCAAGAAUUAUGCCACUUUUCCGAUAUAUGGUGCAACAAAUCCUCUUUUGGUUUUUUGGCAAUAUUUUCAACAAAUGCGGAAUAUCAAGAAGAUUCCAGUACUUGCGAAUGUGUUAAGAUUAAUUAUUGCUAACGCAUGCAUGUUCCAGCGAGAAGGAGUAUUCCAAUUUUGGGUUGGAUGUAUUCCGUAUGUUGCCAUUUAUAAAGCAGAAUAUAUCAAGGAGGUCAUUAACAGCCGAACUGCUGAUGACAAAUCUAAGGAUUACAUUGUUAUUCGAAAACUCUUGAGAACUGGCUUACUUACCAGCAACGGUAAAAAGUGGCGAAUAAGGAGGAAACUGAUUCAGCCAUCCGUUCAGAUGAGGAAUAUGGAGACCUAUGUUCCUAUAUUUAACGAACAUUCACUGGUGCUUGUGGAUAAACUGAAGGAAAAAGCAGAUGAAUCCUGGAUUGAUGCUCAACACAUGAUAGUUCCAUGUUCAUUAGAUAUCAUGUUUCACUCUGCACUGGGAAUUCAAAUAAAGUGUCAAGAAGGAUCUCGCGAAAUUCAAGAAAUGCCACAAAUAGCGAAAGAAUUAACAGAGCACAUGAUACGUAGAAUGGUUCAACCUUGGCUUUGGUUUGAUACCAUCUUCUACUGCACUUCCGCAGGGCGAAAAUAUCAAAGUGCUGAGAAUAAAGUACGAAAUUUCGUUACUAAGGUCAUCCUGGAAGGUAAAAAAGCUUUAGAAACAAAGCCACGAAGUAUUAAAUGCAGCCAGCAAUCUGAAAAUAAAAAUAAAUUUUUCUUAGAAAUAUUACUGGAAGAACAUACUAAGGAUGAAAAUUUCACUUUAGAUCACAUUCAGGACGAAGUAAUAAAUUUUAUAUUUGCAGGCUAUGAUACGACAAGUACCGCUUUAAGCUGGGCUCUUUACCUAUUGGGCCUACAUUCAGAUAUUCAGGAUAGAGUAUAUCAAGAGUUAUAUUCUAUAUUCGGAGAUGAUAAGGCAAGAAAUGUUACUCUUGAAGAUGUGAAGAAUAUGGCAUAUCUAGAACAAGUUAUCAAGGAAACUCUGCGACUGUAUCCAUCUGUACCCUUUAUAGGAAGAGAAAACAAAGAAAGCAUUAAAAUAGGUAGGUACAUUAUACCACCUGGGACUCAUAUUGUAAUUUUAAUCAACAUGCUUCAUAAAAACCCUGAAGUGUUUCAGAAUCCAGAAAAAUUUAAUCCAGAAAGAUUUUCUCCAGAAAACACUUUAGAAAGGGACGCGUUUUGUUACUUACCUUUCUCGUCUGGAGUUAGAGCAUGCUUAGGUUACGGGUACGCAAUAACGGAAAUGAAGAUUGUUUUAGCUCAUAUUAUUCGAAACUUCAAGGUGACCACUGUGGAUCCAUUAGAUAGGAUAAGCGUGAUGAUGUCAGUGACUCUAAGGUGCUUGGACCCACUGCGCCUGCGCUUCACAUCUCGAACAUGACAGGUCGUUAUUAACGACACUAGAAGUUUAAUCAGAAAGCAUUGCACCGACACCAGCUAUUGGCUAAAUACUUAUAAAGAAUUUUUCUGUUUCAAAAAAUUCGAAUAAAAUUGUCUUAUUGCUUAAUGCUAAAUGCCUAGAAAAUUUAAACUGUACGUUUAAACUGAAGAAUAUGUAAUUCAAAAAGAUAGUUAUGUUUUUAAAAAAAAUUUAUUCCAUUGUUUUCAAGCGAAUGUAAUAAAAUGAAAGAAUAUGAAUGUAUCAAAGUAAUAGAGCUUGUUUAAAAAUUUAAGAACGUUUAAUAUUAGCAUUUCUGUUAUUAUGAAAGCAGUGGUCUUCAAACUGUAGAUUAUGGUCCAGUUUAUUAAAAAUCUGCAUAAUCAUA